AUGGAGGUGCAGCAAAAACAACUGAAUGGUCUUCGCCUGCAGGUGGCGGUGGCGCUGCCGGCCGCCAGGCUGGAGAGCCCACCGAGAAGGUUGACAAAGACACCAAAGAGCCCGACACCGCAGGGACCCCAGCCGGCCCACAAGAAGGUGCUGCCGCUAGCGCACCGGCAAGCCGUGAAAAGGAGAAGCAGCGGGGCACACAGAGAGCACUGCAAAGGACGCCGCAGUUUCCGACUAACACUGGCAACGGCGCCGCAGCGCCGUCAAAGCUGGGGGGCCGUUGCGACAACCGGCGCUGGUCAGGCGGAGCAGGGGCACACCGCGGCGCCCGCCUCCUACGAACAACCGGAAGCGAGUGGCCGGAAGGAGGGGCCAACCUCCGAGCCCGAAGCGGGGGCGGCAGCGUGA